AUGGCUUCCAUAUAUGAUCUCAACCAACCAGCAAAUCCGUGGGAUCAGUUCAUGACUGGCCUUGAGGAUCACCCUUUCUUCGCCGGUCCGGGUCACCGCCGUGGUCCCCCUCAUACCCAUGCACACGGUGGCCGAGGUGGGCGUGGUGGUCGUGGACAUCACCACGGCCCGCCAGGCUUCUGGGGAAUGGGCCACCAUGGCCGCCCUCACCACUGGGGACCGCAGAACGACGACAGUGCCGAUGCCCCUGAAGCAUCCCGCUCCGCAGACCAAACUGUCGAGCCAACCCCAGGCCCAUCGACCGAAGAGGCCAAGAUGCCCUCUGGCGAAAAGGUCGUUGGCUCAGCUUCCGAAUCUGAAACUGACGGCGACAAGCGUGGCCAUGGCCGUUGUGGCAAGGGAAAGCACGGCAAGCAUGGCAUGGGUCACGGUGGACCUCACAAGGGCAGAGGAUGCGGCAAGGGUCGCCAUGGACCAGGCCAUCACGGUAAGGGCUUCCACGGUCCUCCCGGUGGUGGACCCUUCGGCGCAUAUGGCCAUGGACGAGGCCCUCAUGGGUUUGGACGUCACGGCCGAGGCCGUCACCACGGCCCUCCCAGUGCCAACUUCGACUUCCUGCGCCAGCUGGCCAGUCAGUUCGGGUUCCCGGUUGAUACCCCUGAGAAGGAUGUCGACUUUGUUCCAUCCGUUGAUGUCUUCGACACCCCUACCGAUUACAUUAUGCACGUCACCCUCCCAGGCGCCAAGAAGAAUGAUCUUAGCAUCGACUAUGACGCCGAAGAGUCUGUUCUGAGACUUGCUGGGGUCGUGUACCGCCCCGGUAUGAGCGAAGAACUGCACCAGGCUCUGGCAAUGGAAGAGCGAUCCCGCGAGGUCGGCGUCUUCCAGCGCGAGAUUCGCCUUGGGACGCGCGAGGCCCCAGCCUUUGUUUCUGUCGAUGAGAUCACUGCCAAGCUGGAAGAUGGUAUUCUGACGGUGAUUGUGCCGAAAAUCAAGUCAGAGACCGAGUCCAAGAAGAAGAUCAUCGUUGAAGACGGUGAUGUCGUGAAUGAGAAAGACGGAAUGCAUGUUGAUGAAGCGACUUUGACUCCAGAGGGAAGCGACGAGGAGGAAGAGACUAGGGAAUAUGUCAAGAUCCCCGUGCAGUAG